AUUCUUUUCCUUGCAAACUUUUGAGUCCUCUUUCCAACCUUCUUGUUUUCUCAUAACUUCAUCAAAAGCUUCCUUUUUGUGUUUUGUAUUUGGAAGCAUUAUUGUCAAUGGCUUCAAUGUCGUCUCGUGGGUCGAGUGCAUGGACUGCAAUGCAAAACAAGGCGUUUGAAGAGGCUUUGGCAGUGUAUGAUCAAGACACGCCCGAGCGAUGGCUGAAUGUUGCAAAGGCUGUUGGAGAGAAAACUGAAGAGGAAGUCAAGAGGCACUACCAACUUCUUGUGGAGGAUGUCAAGCAUAUCGAAUCCGGUCAUGUUCCCUUCCCCUAUCAAACCUCGAACGAUGAUGAUUUUCCGACAAAAAGAGGAUGAGAAACAAGAGCUAAUCAUUGAACCAGCUGGUGCAGUAGCUGGAAGAAUAAAAGAAGAAAGAAGCAUUUGAAUUUUCUUCCUAUAUGUAACCCUUUAAAUGUAAUUGUACUACUCAAAGAAUAAAGAAGAGUUUUAUUUUGAAAUUUUGUUCCUCUCAAAGAGGAGAGAUUUGGUUUUGUACUUAUGGUAUGUAUAUGGCAUUCAUAUCUAUAAGGAAUGUCUUGAAUAAAUAUCCAAAUUUUCUUAGAA